UUAAAAAAAAACCUGGCAACCAUUUUUAAUUCUCCGAUACCCCUAGGCGGCAAAGGCCCUAGCUGGGGAAGUAGGACUAGGGAGUAGGAGACCGGGUGUACCGUGUACGACAGCGGAUACCGCGCCACUUUCACCAAGAUACUUGCUACAAAUUCUUGUGAUUUUUCGACGAUUUCAGGGUUCCAAUUUUCUAAAUAUAGACAGCGAUGUCUAUUUCAGACCAAACUUCAAACGAUAUCAAGGUUGCGAGGUUUUUACUGCACAAACUUGGGGACACGUUUCAAGAUUUUCAGAAUCAUUCCUUCUCAAUCCUCUCACUAGGCGAGCAAUGGCGAAAUUUACAGACUUCUUUUACAACGAUUCACAAUUCGCUGGAGGAGAGAGUUAAGGAAGUCGAGUCAAAAGAGAGAGAAAUUGACGUGUUUCGGAAUAGACUGCAGAAUUUCCGGACGGAGGUUGAGUUGCGGCAGAAGAAGUUGGACUUCGAGGAGAAGUCGUUGAGUGAGAGGCUUAGAGGUCUGGAGUUGAGGGAGAGGCAAGUGACGGAGUGGCGUGAGUCUUUGGAAUUGGAGAAGGGGGUGGUUUUGGACCGUUUAAAGGCGGUGGAGAUGAAGGAGAAGCGGUUUGAGGAGUGGUUCAAGCGAGUUAAGAAGGUGGAUGUUGCGGAGCAGAGAGUUGAGGCGAGGCAGAAGGUGACGGAGGAGAGAGAAAAGGAAGUGGAGCAACAACGGAGGGCGGUGGAGGAGAGAGAGAGGAGGGUUCGGGAGCGCGAAGAGGAGUUUUGUGUGAGAGAGAAGGAAGUAAAGAAGGAGGUUGAAUUGAGGGAGGUGGUGAUCAUUGAAAGAGGGGAUGCACUGGAUGUGAGGGAGAAGAAAUUGAAUGAGUUCUCUGAAAAAGUGAAUUUGAAGGAGGAUAAUAUGAAUAGGAGGCUUAAAGUGUUGGAAGAAAAGGAGGCAGCAUUGGAGAAGGACAGGAAAGAGUUGGAUUCAAAAGAAGAGCAAAUGGAUGAGGUGUUCAAUUUGCUUGAGUUAAAGGAGAAGGAUAUUAAUGUGGGAAGUCAAAUGUUGAUGUCAAAAGAGAAGAUGUUGGGGUUGAAGGAGCAAGAAGUUAAGGAGCAAUUGAAGGGACUGGAGUUGAAGGAGAAGGAGUUUAUUGAGCAUUGUGAAGUGUUAGAUGCGAAAGAGAAUCGAAUUCUGGAGUUGAGAGGGAAAGAGAUUGAUGAGCAUUGUGAAAUGUUACAGGCUGGAGAGAAGAUCUUGGGGUUGAAGGAGGGACCGAAGUUUUCGGGGAAGGCAAUAAAAGAGAAAAAUAGAAGGCGUUCGAUGAGAGUUGAGGAGCUGAGUGUUAGGGGGGGAAAGAAAGAGAAGCUAAUUCAGGAGCAUGGAGAUCUGGUGUUGAGGGGAAGGGAAGGGGAUUGUUGAGGAUGAAAUGGAGAGUGUGAAGAAGAUAUGGAGGUUAAAUUUAAGAAUAUUGAUGAUCGGUGUGAAGAGUUAGAGGCAAUAGUGAAGCAAAUUUCACAGCGUGAAGAGUUAGAGGCAAUAGUGAAGCAAAUUUCACAGCGUGAAGAUGGUAUGUAGUUGAAACUUGAAAGAGAAGGAGUUGGAUGAGUGAAUGACGUAUCUUGAGAUUAGGGAGCAGGAUGUGAAUUUUCCACUGAGGCAGAGUUUUAUAAGAAUAUGGAUAGGUAACACAUUAGUGGAAGUGAAAGAGAAGAGAUUAUUGAGCAAAGUAAGGUGUUAGAGUUACAGGCCGGUGAAUGAGCAAUGGAAGGGUUGGAGUUAAAGGAGAGGCAACUCGGCAAGUAAAGGAAAGUUGUGAAAAGUUGAAAUUGAUAGAGAAAAAAGUCAAUGAAAGUUUUAAAGCAGUGGGUUUGAAGGUGAAGGAGAUGCGAGUUAUUGAGGGUCGCAAAGCUCUGGAUUUGAAAAGAGGAGCAAAUAGAUGAACUAAAUCUGCUUUAGUUUGAAGGGAAAUGAGAUCAAAGAAAAAACCAGAAUGUCAAUUUCUAUAGAACUAUAGAAGAGAAGUUUGGGUUGAGAGAGGAAACAAAUGAGCUAUCAGAAGCAGUCUAGACUCUAUAGUGAGGCUAUUUGGUAAACCUGUUUUACCUUUUUGUUGCAAUGCUAUGAUCUAUUUGUGGAUACAUGAAAAUAACCUAUUUACUUGAAAAUUCGUUUGAUCAGUUGAAGAAUGAUGUGCAGUUUGGAUAAUCAAUCAAUUAAAUUUCCCCUUGUCAACACUAUAAUGUUUGGAGUACUUAUUUGUCUCUUUUGAUUUUAUAUACGACUGGUCAUCGUUAUUUGCAUUUACACUUACUUUAGGCACAGUCUCUGGCUCUUCCUGGGUCUGUUAACUGUUGUAGUUUUAUGUGUUGAUUUCGACACUUUGACGAGCCUGUUUGUUGGGUGGUAAUAAUGGUAAUGGUUUCUUAGUGCAAUUGUUAGGACAGGCGGAGAGCCUCACGCCAAAGUCCAUGGUAAUGCUUGUACAGUUGUACAUGUUCAGUGUUCACCCCCAUCUGUUUUUCUAUAGUAUUUCCAUGACCCACUUUUAGAGGUGGUAUUGAGUGGUAAUAAGAAUAUAUGAAGAAAGUACAUUCUUGGGGUUAUAGUUCCAUUACCAUGGAUAUUGGUAUAUGGUAUGAGAUCUUUACUAAAUUACAUAAAUGUAUUACCCUUUCUAACAUUUGUUACGGCCUUAGCUUUUUUGUUUGUUUCAUAUUUUGUUUGUUUAAUAAGCAGCAGUUUACGAAAGUAGGGUGUGGAAUGGAUUUGGGUGGUGAUAUUCAUUCAUUGUGCAGAAAUAUGAACAGAAAUGGUUUAAAUCAUAAGUAAUUGAACGUAUGGAG